UCCUGCGCAUGCGUUGGAAGUUUCUGCCGCAGACAGCAGCAGCAGUGAUUCGGCAACGCAGAGUAACAACAAAUAGCAAAACAAAUCUGUAUUUGAAUUUUAAACCAUGACGAUGUUUUAAGGAAUGCCUUUCGAGGAGGUACAUGGAGAUGUGAGGAGGACCCAGUGUCCCAUGUUGCAUUAGUGUCUGUGUGAAAUGCUGGCCUGUCUGCCAGGGCCAGGUGACCUCUCCCUCCAGCUUCUCUCACACACGCAGAUGAACACUGGACUUCAGAAAUGGGACACUACACAGAGGAUGAGAUCCGCUCAGUAUCCAACCCCUGCAGAAUUGGAUGCUUAUGCUAAGAAGGUUGCCAACAACCCCCUGACCAUUAAGAUCUUCCCCAACAGCGUCAAGGUCCCCCAGAGGAACCACGUGCGCCGCACAGUCAACGGGCUGGAUACUUCAGGCCAGCGCUACAGCCCCUACCCCCCCUCUCAGGCCAGCGCCAAGGCCGGCCUCCUUGCCAUCAUCAAGAUGCCCAUCAUCAAGGGCAUCCUCAAAGACUUUGAUGGCAGCCGGGUACGCCUGCACCCCUCCGAGGUCAUCAUGAACCCCCCUGGCCCCGGAGGGCCAUACGCAGCUGCCUCGGCCAGCACUUUAAACCUCCACCACCCCCCUUCCCAAGGCCAGGGCAUGCCCCGGCAGAGCCUGAACCCUCACCCUGGGAGCCAGACUCACCCUCAGACUCUACAACAGACUCACCCCCAGCAGCAGGGUCAGUGCCAGGUCCUCAGACACCCACCCUCCAUGCCCCAGCAGCACCCAGAGCAGAGUCUGCCCAGGCCCCAGACUCUGUCCCACCCCCAGCCUCCCUCUGGCCCCACCCUCCUGCUCCAACAGCAGCAGCAACAGAACCUUCAGCAGCAGGGGCAGCCUCCUCCCGGCCUUCAGGGGGGCCGGAAGCUGCCAGACGCCGACGCGCCGCCUAACGUGACAGUCUCUACCUCAACAAUUCCUCUGUCCAUGGCCGCCGGCCUGAACCAGGGCCGCCAGCCAGACCUGAGCAGCAUCGUGCACCAGAUCAACCAGUUCUGCCAAGCCCGGGCCCAGGGGGCUGGAGCCACCUCCAUGUGCGAGGGCCAGAUCGCCAACCCCAGCCCCAUCAGCCGCAACCUCCUUAUCAAUGCCAGCUCCAGGUUGUCCAUGCACAGCCACCCACACCCCAACGUCUGUCCCCCCGGGCUGCCCCCACACCCCAACUGCAUCAUGUGUCCUGCGAACAAGGCUGCUGCCCCCUCUCACCCCCAAAACAACAUGGCUGCCUCAAACAUGAUGCCUGUUUACCACAAUGAUAUCAAACAGCAGCAGCAACAGCAUCAACAACAGCAUCAACAACAACAACAUAAUCACCAACAGCAGAUGCGCUGGAACCAGCAGCAGUUGGCUCAUCUACAGCACAUGCAGCAGGAUGGCGGGGGCCACUCCUGCAAGCAGCCCUCUCACAUGGGCUACCCCCCAGAGCUGUGUGUGGGCCAGCCAUACAGCCUGAAGCCUCCUAUAGAGAAGCCCACCCCCUCUCCCCCAGUCAACAACAACAAUGGCAUGCCUGGGGGCCCACUGGCCCACUACACCAGUGGUGGCCACUAUUUCCAACAACACGCUGUGUGGAACAGCAGUAUCCUGCCAACGCCCAACAGCGACAGCUCUGGGUCUCAGGACCUGGCCAUGCCAUUCCAUGGUGGGCCCCCAGGGGGCUCCACAACCCUAGACUGCGGUGGGCCCCCUGGGGGAGGCCAUUACAGGCCCGCGGUGAUCUCCUCCUCCUCCGGCCAGACUAGUCUGGUGCAAACGGCAGAUUACUUGGGCGGGGACUUCCAGACGCCCUGCUUCCGAGAUCACAAUCUGGGGCUGAUGGGAAAGAUGCACAGGCCUCCCAUGAACAGGGUGGGGCCCGAGGUUGGCCCCGGGGACGGCAGAACCGCUCACAUCCAGCACCCAGGGUACAGAUAAGAUAAGGCCGGUCUUGUCUACACAGCAGUUAAUGAAAACCUUCUUUUAGUCUUAAAGGAAAAAUAUGAAAUAUAAUUAAAUUAAUAAAUUAAGUAAAUUUUCACUAACAUUAAAAAGAGGACAAAUUAAUAUAUAAUAGAGAGCAGUGUUGGUUUUUCUUUUUCUUGGAGUCUAUCUUGCAAGUGAUCAAUUGAUUUUGUAAAUGAGUGCUUUCACUAGGCACCCUCUAGAGAGCGUUUCUUAUGUAUGUGAUUGUCAUCAUUCCCUACCUUUUUUCCAUCUAACCUGUCUAUCAGUGUGCCUGGAUACAGAGUUAUUUUUACUUCAGAUCUGUUCUUCAACUUCUGCAGAGGAUGGAUGAAAACUCACUGACGCUUCAUGGAGGAAAGAAAAAACAUUAAUUUGUUUGUUUUUACUGAGUCGUGUGGGGAUUUCUCCGCUGCGAUUAGUUUUUUUGGACUAGUGGCUAAUGUUCCCUUUUUGCGUUUACUUCUGAAACUCGUAGUGGCAUCAAGAUUAAAAACCUCUUGAAAUCACCUUGCAGACGAGAUAAUGAAUGGUAAGUGUGAAACUGAAACUAUCAUUCACUGGACACUACAAAGGACAGACGGAGACACAUGUACAAAGAGGCUUUUUCUUUCUAUAGAAAUGUAUUUAUUUGUGAAAUAGGACUGUUUUCUGAAUCAGGUCAAGGUUGGUUCCUCGCUAUCAUCAAAGUAUCUAAUCAGGUUGAUGUUUGUACAGAGUAUAGAUAUAUACUGUAUAGACAGUGUAGACAUCUAGAUCCAGCAGGGAGCAACAUCCGUGGGGACUGACUGGGGGAGCUGACCAACGCUCUCUUGCUCAAAAUGCUGCAAUGAAUUCAGGUGUCUGUUACAAACCAUUUGUCGCCAAUUGAGAUUGGCAACAUGAUUGUGGAUUAAUAUAUUUUUAUUUUAAUGGAGUGAAAAAAUUAAUGAAAUGAAAUCUGUUCAUUCUGUCUGAAGCCUUAAAUGGCCAAAGUUACAUAAUUGACAAGGAAAACUUAUUUUAAAAGAUGUGAUUUUAUGUUUCCUAUCAUUUUUCGUGAACCCGAAAACAACUACUUGAAUUGUUGAAAUGCGAUGUUCUGUUUGGCAGUUGUUUAGUGAAGGCAGUGGGCUAGUUAGGUUUAGUCCUGCUAUCUACUGGAGUGAAAUAAAUAGCAUUGUUACUAAUGUAAUGUUAUUUUAGAAACUAACUAUGAACCAAAUCAGAGUUUUGAUCCUGAGUGUAUUUUGUUUUUAAUCACUAAAGGUAACUUGGUUGCUACUGAUUCUGGUAUGAAGUCUGCUGAAAAUACCAAAUUGAUCACUUGCAAGAUCACUUGGAGGUUAAAGGAAAUUGACUUUAACUUAAGUGAAACAGCAAAUGCAUUGUUUAUUUUAUUUUACACUGGCUUACCUACUAUACUACUGUAACUUUUUAAAGUGUAAUGAUUGUGUGUGAAUGAUGCCUGCUGAUGCAGGUUGAGUAUAGACGUGUGUGCAUUUGCGUUUUGUAUGUAUGCAGAUGUGGGUGUGUGUCUGUACGUGAGAGUGGUGGACACACUGACCACUUUCUGUUCGCCUCCUUCCCUAACAGCCCUUAAAAAGCCUUAAGUAUUUGGUCCUUGAACUUUCCUUUGAAAACAUGCAUGGUUAUAACGAAUACCCAAAAUGAUGAUUAUGAGAAUGACGAUUGCAAGGAUACAUACAGAGGACCCGCAAUUUCUGUUUGUUAAUUUGCCUUUUAUUUUAAUGGGAGUUUUUGUUGAAUAGGAAAGGCAAUUCCUUAGAGAUUCUUCUUUUAUUACGAAAACAAGAAAUGGAGUUAUAUUUUGUAAUUAUAUUUUAAUCCUACAGUGCCUUGCAAAAGUAUUCAUUCUCCUUGGGUUUCUUCAAAUUUGAUUGUGUUACGAAGUGGGAUUAAAAUGGAUUCAAUUGUAAAUUUGUCAACAAUCUAUGCAAAAUACUCUGUCAAAGUUUAAGAUGAAUGACUAAAAUAUAGUCGUUGCAUAAGUAUUCAUCUCCCUGAGUCAAUACAUGUUAGAAACACCUUCGCAGCGAUUACAGCCAUGAGUCUUCUUGGGUUGGUCUCUGAGCUUUACACCUAUAUUGUGCAAUAUUAUAAACUGGUGGUUAGAGCCCUGAAUGAUGAUUGUCUGAAAGCUGUGGUAUAUCACACUGUAUACCACGGGUAUGACCCUUUUUUUUUUUUACUGCUCUAAUUACACUGGUAACCAGUUUAUAAUGGCAAUAAGGCACCUUGGGGUUUUGUGGUAUAUUGCCAAUAUACCACGGCUAAGGGCUGUAUCCAGGCGCUCCGCAUUGCGUUGUGGUUGAGAACAUCCCUUGGCCGUGGUAUAUUGGCCAAACACCAAACCCCCUCGGGCCUUAUUGCUUAAUUAGCCCAUUAUUCUUUUCAUAAUUCUUCAAGCUCUGUCAAGAUGUUGGGGAUCAUGGCUAGACAGCAAUUUUCAAGUCUUUUUCAUAGAUUUUCAGGCAUAUUUUAAGUCAAAACUAACUUUCCCACUCAGGAACAUUCUCUGUCGUCUUGGUAAACAACUUGUGUACAUUUGGCCUAUUGUUAUAAGUUAUUGUCCUGCUUAAAGGUGAAUUCCUCUGCCAGUAUCUGGUGUAAAGCAGACUGAAGCAGGUUUUCCUCCAGGAUUUUGCCUGUGCUUGGCUCCAUCCCAUUUCUUUUCAUCCUGAAAAACUCCCCAGUAUUCGCUGAUGUCAACCAUACCCAUAUCAUGAUGCAGCCACCACCAUGCUUGAAAAUAAGGAGGCCGUUACUCAGCUAUGUGCUGUUGGAUUUGCCCCAAACAUAAGACUUUGCAUUUAGGCCAAAAAGUAUAUUCUUUGCUGUGUGUUUUUUCUUCAGCUUUAUUGCUUUGCCUUGUUGCACACAAGAUGAAUGUUUUGCAAUAUUUUUAUUCAGUAUAUUUAUAUUAUUUUCACUCUGUCAUUUAAGUCAUUGUGGCAUCACUACAAAGUUGUUGAUCCAUCCUCAGUUUUCUCCCAUCCCAGCCAUCAAACUGUUUUUAAAUCACUAAUGGCCUCAUGGUAACAUCUGAGCAGUUUCAUUCCUGUCCUGCAGCUCAGUUUAAAGGUUCACUCUGUCUGGGUGGUUUAAUCCAUAAUUAUUAACUUUACCAUGCUUAGCGAGAUGUUCAAUGUCUGAUUUGUUAUUGUUACCCAUCUACCAAUUACUGUCCUUGUUUGUGAGGCAAUCGAAAGCUCCCUGCUCAUUUUAGUUGAAUCUGUGCUUGAAAUUCAAUACUUGACUGAGGGACCUUGCAUGUAGAUAUACAGUGCCUUCAAAAAAUAUUCAGAACCCUUGACUAUUUUCACAUUUUGUUACGUUACAGCCGUAUUCUAAAAUUGAUUAAAACAAAUGUUUUCCACCUCAUCAAUUUACACACACUACCCCAUAAUGCCAAAGCAAAAACAGGGUUUUAGAAAUGUUUGCUAAUUUAUUUAAAAUUUGAAAAACGGAUAUCACAUUUACGUAAGUAUUCAGACCCUUUACUCAGUACUUUGUUGAAGCACCUUUGGCAGUGAUUACAGCAUCAAGUCUUCUUGGAUAUGACACUACAAGCUUGGCACACUUGUAUUUGGGGAGUUUCUCCCAUUCUUCUCUGUAGAUCCUCUCUGUCAGGUUGGAUGGGGAGCGUUGCUGCACAACUAUUUUCCGAUCUCUACAGAGAUGUUCAAAUCCGGUCUCUGACUGGGCCACUGAAAACAUCCCCACAGCAUGAUGCUGCCACCACCAUGCCUCACCGUAGGGAUGUUCCUAGGUUUCCUCCAGACGUGACGCUUGGCAUUCAGGCCAAAGAGUUUAAUUUUGGUUUCAUCAGACCAGAGAAUCUUGUUUCUAAUGGUCUGAGAGUCCUUUAGGUGCCUUUUGGCAAACUCCAAGUGGGCUGUCAUGUGCCUUUUACUGAGUUACGACUUCCAUCGGGCCACUCUACCAUUAAGGCCUGAUUGGUGGAGUGCUGCAGAGAUGUUUGUCCUUCUGGAAGGUUCUCCCAUCUCCACAGAGGAACUCUAGCUCUGUCAGAGUGACCAUCGGGUUCUUGGUCACCUCCCUGACCAAGGCCCUUCUCCCCUGAUUGCUCAGUCUGGCCGGGCGGCCAGCUCUAGGAAUGGUCUUGGUGGUUCCAAAUUUCUUCCAUUUAAGAAUGGUGGAGGCCACUGUGUUCUUGGGGAACUUCAAUGCUGCAGACAUUUUUUGGUACUCUUCCUCAGAUCUGUGCCUCGACACAAUCCUGUCUCGGAGCUCUACGGACAAUUCCUUCGACCUGAUGGCUUGAUUUUUGCGCUGUCAACUCUGGGACCUUUAUAUAGACAGAUGUGUGCCUUUCCAAUCAUUUGUAUUUAACCACAGGUGGACUCUAAUCAAGUUGUAGAAACAUCUCAAGGAUUAUCAAUGGAAACAGGAUGCUCAUAGCAAAAGGUCUGAAUACUUAUGUAAAUAAGGUGUUUCUGUUUUUUAUUUGUAAUAAAUGUGGAAAAAUGUCUUCAAACCUGUUUUCGUGUCAUUAUGGUGUAUUGUGUGUCAAUUGCUGUGGAAUUGUUUUUAUUUAAUCCAUUUUAGAAUAAGGCUGUAAUGUAACAAAAUAUGGAAAAAGUCAAGGGGUCUGAAUACUUUCCAAAGGCACUGUAUGUAUGAGGGAAAGUGGAAGGGUUAGUCAUUUAAAAAAUCAUGUCAACCCCUAGUAUUUCACACAGUGAGUCCAUGUAAUUAUCUGAUGUUUUUCUAUAAGCCAAAUGUUUAUCCUGAACUAAUUUAGGCUUGCCUGAGCAAAGGAGCUUCAUUUUUCUUCUACUUUGGCACUACAUAGAAUUUUGAGUAGAUUGUUGGAAGAAAAAACAGGACCAUUUCUGGACCAAAUCCAUUUGAAUCCCACUUUGUAACACAAAAUGUGAAGAAGUACAAGGGGCCUGAAUACUUCUGCAAGGCACUGUAUGUGUAGUUACUGGGCUGUAACAAACAAUUUUUCCCCCCAGUUUCAAAGCUUCAGUUGUGACUCGUUUUAUAAUACUUGAUUUUCUUGUUGUUUAAAAAAUUGUCUUUGUUUCCUUUACUGUUGCUGUGAAAUGGAGGAAGGCUUAAUAAGUCUUUCUUUUACAUGUCACUCUGUGGCUGUACGACAGAUAUAAAGGCGAGAGAGUGAGUUGUGCUACUCUUUUUGUAAUAUUGUAAUAAUAAAAUAAAGUUCUAAUUUAUGCUUAGAAAUGAGUGUUCUAUGGAUGUCCUGUUCUUUUGAUGCCCAAAUGCCGUUUCUCCUAUUUGAUGAGUCGUACAGAACUUUCAAAUAUGAGUAUUUGAAAUACAUAUGCUCACAACCUUUCAUUCAAUGAGAACAGAUGGAGGAAAUUGGACAUUCUUCCACCUUAUGUUUGUCUCCAAACCAUAUACCUGUCUGCUCACUGCCCUACAAAUCUGCAUGGGUUACCCCCUGAGUGCUUGAAUUAUUUCUUUAGAUCAGACAGUAUUGCAAGUUUUUUUUCCCCCAUUUGAGUACCUGAGAUUUCAUUUCAACAGUACUGUGUGAAAUAAAGUUUUACCUACAUCAUCA